GAACACACUCAAUCCGCCAAUGGAAUAGACUUGCUGCGCAUGGAGCAGAAGAAAGUGUUAACGGAAGCGCUCCGAAUCUGCCAAUGGAACCAUCUCCGGCUACUGCUGCUGCCAAGAAAUACCGACUUCCGUACAAAGUGAAGGUGUUGCUGGCAGUGUCUGUCAUCGCAGUCAUUGUGGGAUUCACUCUCCUGCUGCUGAAUCUGAAGCCGAAGAGACAUCGUGUUGAAUUUUGUGUCACGAAAGGUUGCCAAGAACAUAGGGACCGUAUAGAAAGUCAAAUGGAUAAGAACAUUGAACCUUGCCACGACUUUGGCGCUCACGUGUGCGGACGCUGGAAGGGUAUUGGAGAGUCCUACAUGUCACGCUCUCAGAUGAACGAUAUGCUCCUGGCGUGGCUCCUCAACUUUCCGAAGACGCUGAGAACCGGCGUGGUUCACUUUCCAGCCGGCAGGAAAAUCGAUGCGAUAUUUAAAAGCUGCAUGGCACAAGAGGAGUCCGAAAUUCACAUACUGAAAGAAUUCAUGGAAGCACGGGGUAUCCUCUGGCCAGAGAAAUCACCAGAGGAUGUACCUCCGGCUAUGGCCCUGUUCGACCUUUCCUUCAACUGGAACGCCGACCUGUGGUUUGCUCUCAGGGUACUGCCAGCUGUCUCAGGGAAAGUUCAAAGGCGUAUAUUCUUCGGAAUUAACGGCGAGAUCGUCAUUUGGAAAGCUUUGAUGCAGACGAUUCCAAAGAAACACUUGGAAAGCGUGUACACCGGACUCUUCAGGAUAUUCAUCAACGACUCGCGCAGCGUGCCUGACCACGAUGAGAUGUCAGAAACAAUUCGCAUUCUUGAAUACGUGUUUGAUACCAUAGUGCCGGCAGGGUUUUCCAAAGCUCGCGCAGGGGCUUUCUUUCGCCUAGGCGAGAUCGACAAGAUCACUUCUCUGCCCCUUGCGGUGCAUAUGCGAGACAUGUUCAACGCCGUGCUGAGAAUCACUCCUCCUGUCACAUUAGACGAACUGGUGCUUGUGAGCGACCUGUCUGUGUUCAACAGCAUAAUGAAGGUACUAAACAGGGUUAAUGACACGACACUGUUGCGCCAUGUGGCAUACUUGUUUGCUCAAACAUACGGGGCAGUAGCCUACCCCAGAGGCUUUCUGCUCGUCCUUCAUGGCAGUGAGGCCCAGGCCAAGGAGGCACGGCCUCGUUUUUGCGCUCGUCGAGUCGAGCCAAGCUUCAAGCUCCUUGUAGCCGCCUUGACUUCCGUCGCUCAAUUUUCAGAAGAGGAACGGCGAAGUGUCGUCGAACGUUUGGAAGAAAUUGUCCAGGUGGCUAUGAACAAAACAGGUGCCUCCUCAUGGCUCGACUCGAGGAUCAAGAAAGCAGCCUUGGAGAAGCUCAGCAACGUCCAAACUGUCGUGUGGCCUUCGCAGAAGUUCCUGUCUCCGAGUCGGCUCGAGGAAGUGUACAAACGUUUCCCCGAAGACGCCACGUCCUUUACCGAGUUCUGGAUUGAGGCGCGUCGCAGUCAGCGUCUUCUGUUUGGCACUGAUGCAUCCACUGAAGAGCUGCUACUCGGGAACAACUACAAGAUGCACCGACUGAGAGCUAAGUGGUUGACCGUGGCUAUGAACAAAACAGGUGCUUCCUCAUGGCUCGACUCGAGGAUCAAGAAAGCAGCCUUGGAGAAGCUCAGCAACGUCCAAACUGUCGUGUGGCCUUCGCAGAAGUUCCUGUCUCCGAGUCGGCUCGAGGAAGUGUACAAACAUUUCCCCGAAGACGCCACGUCCUUUACCGAGUUCUGGAUCGAGGCGCGUCGCAGUCAGCGUCUUCUGUUUGGCACUGAUGCAGCCACUGAGGAGCUGCUACUCGGGAACAACUACAAUUUGCCGUACGUGGAGUACCCACCGCUUUACUACUCGGACGGCACCAAAGCUAUGUUGUACGGCGGUGCCUUGUACCUCUAUGCUCGGGCACUCAUCGGUGCCAUUGACAGCGAGGGAGUCGAGGAGAAGCACCAGCAAAAGCAGCAUAAUGUGGACAGGCCUUCAGCACGUAGCUGUGGUGUGGGGUAUUCGUUUGACUGUGCUUGA